AUGGCACGGUUGGUCGGCAACGCAGGCGGUGGAGCGGCGACAUGGGCGGCCGAUCUGAUUGUCGGCAUGUACAUCUGGUCGCAUUUCCUAUUUCCUGUAGUUUGUGGAAAAUCAAAUGUGAACCCACAGUCUAGGGACUUGGUGCUGCAAUUGGUCGAAAGGAUUCUCUCUGGACCGAAAGCUCGAACUAUUCUGUUAAAUGGCGCUGUUCGAAAGGGGGAACACAUAGUACCACCUGCUGUACUUGAUGUACUCAUGUGGGCGACUUUUCCUGCUUCUACAGCUCGAGUCAAGGCAACUGAAAGAUUUGAGACGUUUUAUCCUACUCUAAAAGAGUUGGCUCUUACUGGUUCUGGUACCAAAACCACAAAGCAAGCAUCACAACAGCUUUUGCCUUUCGCCAUCCAAGCGAUUCAAGAAAAUAAUUCCGAGCUAACAAAGGAAGCGACGGAUUUGUUCAUCUGGUGUUUGACUCAGAAUGCUGAGUGCUAUAAACAGUGGGAAAAACUCUAUGUAGAGAAUGUUGGUGCGACAAUUAUUGUUCUUCGAAAACUCUCCACUGAGUGGCGAAAUUACUCGGCCAAAAUUUCCCCCGACACUCUCAAAGUAACACUUAAGCAUUUGAGGGCUAAAAAUGAAGAUGCCCUAUCAAGAAACACAGACCCCAGCCAAGUAGCAUCCAUCAAAGAAGCUGACAAGUACUGCAAGAUAAUUUUGAUGAAGUUAACACGUAAUUUUGGCUGCAUGAAGGGUAGUGUUUUGGUGCUUGUGCUGGGAAUUGGUCUCUUUUUCACUCUUUCACCGAAUGCCGAGUUAAUUAACUGGGAGAACAUCAAUUGGGAGAAAUUUCAGGUGUUGUUCAGUUCUCUCCAAUCCUCUUAGAACAACUUGGAGUUUAACCAAAUAUUACCAACAAAGGAGAUAGGUCAAGAAAGGAUAUGAUGGCGCUAAAUUCAAAGAUAAUAAUAAGUUUGGUUUUUCACCACGGCUAGAUAACUAUCUGAAAUUGCUCUGGUGUUCGUCGUUGCAGCAAGC